UCAGCACCAGCACCAGCACCAGCAGGAUAUCACGAGGCCACAACAGUCGGAAACGUGGAGCAUGCCUUAUGCAGCUGAUCUUCAACACAACCUACGAAGUGCGCUUGACAAAGUAAAGUAUCUUGAAGGCGUUGUACGUGCACAAGACGAACGCUUACGGCAGCCACAAGGAAAUGGCUCGCUGCAUACCAUCCAAAAUAUCCACACGACUAUGGUGAACGAAUUAAAAAAACAGCACCGGGUCGAAAUGAAACUACUGCAAAAGGAAAAUCAAACAUUGGCGAAAAAGUUCAUGCGGAUAUCGUGCACCUUACAGCGGAUUGAGAAGAUGGGCUUGGCGCCUGAGAACGCACAACUGGAUGUAAAGGACUUGCGGGAGGAGCGCAGGGUGUUGAUGCGCAAGUUACAUUUGACCGAGCUGCGAUUACGAGCACGUGAUGCCGAGCUGAACUAUUUGCAUAGUCUUGCAUGGUCGAAACAGCAACGACAUCAGCCGAGCGAUGAUGACGAUACGGGUGAUCAUGAUGAUCAUGAUGACGAACAACUUCAUAAACACGAUAAAAGCAAUAACGAUACAAUAGUAGGGCGACUAUCGCCCUCGGCAUAUCUCUUGCAGAAACAGAGCUCACCAGUACUACAGCCGAAACAACAGCAAAAACAGGCAACGACGACUGGGAACCGGCCCAUUUCGGCAUUGGACAGCCUUAGUAUUCUAGCAGACCAGAUGUUGAGCGAUCCAGAUUUUGGUUCAGAAGGAAAGGAAUCAUCAGCGUCUCCGGAGUGCGAUAGUGCGACACCCACUACUGCUCUGAUGACGGCUUAUCCGCAGCAAUCAUUGCAUGAAUUGCAUAAACGAAAUGAGCAGCAUUAUCGCUAUGUGGAGAAAGGAAACACUAGUGCGGCAACGACGAGUCCUGUACGUAUAAAAAAGGAAGUGAAUGGAAGAGAAACCCCAUCAUCUACACCAUCAGUAUUGCCAUAUAAUAAACGGAAACGUGGUGGUGACGACCAACAGCAACAGCAGCAGCAGCCGUUGUCACCUCUGGGAUACUACAAUAAUUAUCAUCAUGGAAACGUCAUGCCGUAUUAUCGAGGAGGACGAAAAGUAGAAGAGCUGAAUAAUGAGAGCAGUGUUAUGCGACCAUCAUCCGCGUUUCAUACCAUCAUACCUAUCCAUCAUCCACAAUCCAAACAUCGUCACCAAGGCACUACUAUUCCUCCAGUCAAUAUCGUACCACGACCACUAUUACCACCAUCAUCUAUGACAACAAAGGACAAAGUGAUCGGUACCAGUAAUACUGCUGCUGCUGCUGCUACCACGAGUGGACUACCACUUGGUACACUCAUGUCACCUGUUCCAUCGUCAGCGUACCAUCAUCACCCUUCGUAUCAUCAUCAACAGCAAUCAUACAACAGCAACCAACACCAUCUUCAUUAUCAUCAGCACCAUCACAUCAAUGAUCUUUCACCAGCAUCAUCCACAGAAGAAAAUAGGAAAAGGCGAUGGUCACUAGACAUGUCUGAAAACAAAAAGAAGAACAGUCCGCCGCAGCCAAUGUAACAUAUCUAUAUUAUACCAGUACAAGUACAUACAACACCCAGCAAGAUUUCUACGAGACCUGUCACUCUACAUCAUAUACAACAGCCAAGAAACGUCAUUUUCUUUCUUUCAUUUGUCAUGACAUUUACAACAAUCCAAAUAUGUUUCCUUAAUAUUUACAGUUUUACUAAAAAGCCAAAAUAGUCAUUUGCAACUUAUACAACACACACACUCACACUCCAUCAACAUAUUUCUUGAUUAGUUUUAUUUAAAAAAAGAAGAACUAAACGGUCAUUUAAAAGCCCUGAACAAGCUUUCUUCUUUCCGUC